GGUUGAUUAGACUGUGUGUGUGUGUGUGUGUGUGUGUGUGUGUGUGUGUGUGCGUGUAUGUGUGUUGUAUGUUUAACAGACUUGAAUUGACACCAUCUCAGCAGCGUCUUCUUUAAAAUGUGCUGGAGUCAGAUAAAAUGGCUGUUUGACUCGACGUGACACGGGUGUGAUUGAGAUAAGCCUGCCCCCCAUCCUGUCUUUACAGUGGGCUAGAGUCGACACGUGGGCUGGUUUUCAUGUGUUUUCUAUCUCGACUCUACUGCAGUGUCACUACAAAUGUGUCCACAUGAAGCCUUUUGUGUUGUACUAAGACAACUGAGGAGACUUUCACAGGAAACCAUAGGGUGUACAGGGGAAGGACGAUUGAGAGAGAAGAUCAAAUGAAAAUCAUAUGUAAAGACGUAACUGAUUUAUUCCAAUUAUAAGAACACUAUGUCCAGCUGGUAGGAAGCAUAAAAUAAGCAGCUUUAUCCAGACACUGACUUUACAAAUGUAUAAAUCCAUCCCGCACAAUGUCUGUAUAAUAUAAUAUAAAAUAAAUGAUAUAUAAUGUAAUAUAAUAUAGAGUACUACUGAAACACAAACUGGUUUGCAAACUGGUGUAACCCACUGUCCUUCACAACCACCUGGCCAUUUCUUAUCUUAUCUAUCAUCUUUACAACAAAGGGAAUUGUCGUAAAGAUGACAAAGAAACAAAACCGUACCUCAACUCUUAACCCACUUCCACCUCCAGUUGUGUUUUUUCCCAAGUUGAUAAAUAACUUUUUGAGCUCAUAUUCUGUUGCUGUCUACAAAGUUAUAAUUAAAAUACAAAAAAGAAACAAAAAACUUAAAGAAUGUGAUUAGCUAAUAAAGGUGUAACUUGCUUUCAAAAUGAAUUUCAACAUAUUUAUAUUUAUAAUAUUAAUAUUAAUAUUUUUUAUUAAUAUAAAAACACAACAUUCAUUACAUAUCUUAGUUACAACACAAUUUGUAUAUAUUUAAUUUCUGCAUUAUCAGGACUGUGUGUAGUUGGACUAGAUUUUAAAGGCACUGUUUUAUUGUUGUUGUUGUUGUUGUUGUUGUUGUUGUUUGUGAGAUAAAGUGAAGACGAAACAGCACAGACAGAAAUGCCUCAUGUGGAAUAAUCAAAACCUUUCUAACUUUGGCAGAAAAAGACGCCAUAGUAAGAGGCCAAUGAAGAACAUUAGUGUUUAGACAUGGAUAGUUAGAGCUCAAUAGAUUUUUUUUUAACAACAACAACUUGAGAGAAUCAAGUUUUAGGAUGAUAUAAUAGAAAAUGAAACUAAUGCAUUUGCCACCAUUAGCUCCUCAGACAGUAAUGUCAAAGUCUAGACGCCCAAAUGGCGUCUAACAUUGGCUAAUGGCGGCAAUAAUAUGCGAUGUAAUAGCUGCUGUAAAGUUCUUAUGAUAAAAGACAGUUUAAAGGAGAGUCAGAGUCACAUUGGAUCGAUAAAACCCCCGGAACAACGGCCAGACUCUUAUUACUACUGCAGCCUCAGGGUGUCACUGAAUCUUAGUUUGACACGUUCGACAGAGAUGGAUUUUCUCUAAUGAUCAGGACGAGGUGAUAUGAACAGGUGCCGGGGCGGGAAAAACUGCCGCAGCACUCGAGCAGAGUGGUGCUGUCAUCACUACGUGUCACAUCUCCAGGAAGCUGCUUCAUCACCUGUGACACUCACUCACACACACACACACACACACACACACACACACACAGAAAAGCACCCCAGUGGCCGGGGCGUCUCUGUCGUCACGCUGCUGUAUUGAGUCAGUGUGACACAUUAUAUGGUCUGGUCGUCUUCUGCCCGGUGAGGACGCCCAGUGAACACCUGCACUCCCGCUCUGGGUGUAACACUGUACGCCGUCAAGGAACACACACUUCUGUCAUGCGUUCAUGCACAAAGAUGAUGUCACAGCACAUUUACUUUAUCGUAAGACUGAAGCUGAGGCAUUUGAAGAAACUCCUAGUACGUUAUUCAAAUUGGAGACGUAUUCAGGAAAGCCGUGUACAUGUUGAGUAUGUCGUAUUUAAAUUUUUGAGUGCUUGCGUAAUAUUGUGCUUCCCUGAUACCUAUACAAUUUUCUUUUCAUUAGUUAAUUUUCAACAAAUACAGUUCAAAUGUAUAUAAAACAUUGUCAACCGAUAAGCCAGAACAUCCAACACUUAAAGGGCAUAGGCAUGAAAAUGUUAGUGCAAUAGAACAUGAAUGUAUGUUCAAAUGAAGUGUAAAUAGAAGCAUAAAAAGAUAUAAGAAGUUAUACGAUAUUGACGUGCUUAUAUUAUGAACAAAGUUCCCACUGUUCUACAGCUUUGAGGCUUUAAUUCAGCGCAGCAGUGAAUACCAGGUGUUUGGUCAUGAACCCGAAUGUUGGACAAAUUAAAAUUUAUGAUGGGAUCAACAACAAGUAAUUGGGAUACAUAUUCUGGGAAUCGUGAUUGUCUACUCAAAAUUUUUGUGCCUAACCAACGAAUAAAUGUUGCAAUAUUGCACCGGAGAAGUAGCGACUUUGACCUGCUGGUGGCGCCGGAGGAAAGGUCAGGGUUCACAACCUCAGGGAACCGCCAACGUGUGUGUGUGUGUGUGUGUGUGUGUGAAACGUCAUGACAAUCCAUCUGGUAAUUGAUGAAAUCUUACAUUAUAAGUCUAAAGUUGGACGGCAACGGGCUGACAUUGAUGCUAUUGUAGUUUUUUUUAAAAAUCGCGUAUGGUUACUGGUGUAGGUGGAUGUUUGCGUGGGGUUGUGGUGAGCUGCGUAGCCGUCGUGUGUCCUGCAGUCUUACAUUUCAAUCAUUCAUUCGUUUGCUUUGGUUCUGAAUGUAAAACCUCCACCACAUUAAGCACAUAACCUGUGAUAAAUCUCAAAAAUGUACUUUGCUUUGCCUCACAGCUUUCCCCACGAGAGAGAGAGAUGUCCGCUUGUUUGUUUGCGUUGCUGAAGCAUACAAAGUCAGACCACUAAAAGUCUUCUGUCAGAGCUUUGGCGAAAAAACUGUGUAAACUGUGAUGAAUAAUUCAAAGACAACUAUCAUUUUACUUGAGAUUAGCUUGCUCGGUUGCCAUGGUGGAAGUGCAUGUAUUAUUCACCGGCAGCGUGAGUGUGACCGUAAGGCAGCUUACAGACUCUCAGUCAUUUUUAGAUCUGCUCCAGCAGCCAGGAUUAAACGAACUAGUAAUCCAUGGGGAACAAAAUAGUUUGUCUGAGCUGCAUGUUCAGCUCCGAAUGAGAAGCGGGGAGCCGGGCUGCGGUGCCGCGGACCAUGUAGUGUAGCCGAGGGGUUUUGCAAUGGAGGGGACACUGCUGACGGAAGGGCAGGAGAAGCCGCAGAAGCGGGUGAGGUUCCGCGUGGCCUCGGGGAACAGCGGCCGGGUGCUGAAGGAGAUGUUCAAGGAUGAGGGGCCUUCAGACUCGCUGGAGUCCGACUGCACCAGCAGCUCCGACGCCGACCGGGCCAGCACCCCGUCCACAAGCGGGGACUCACAUGGACACAUGUACGGAUACCUGGGCUCGGAGCUGGAUGACAGUGAGAGCGAGCCUGAUGAUCUGCUCAUGUACGCAGGGGCCACCAAGGACUGGAUGUUCACCACCAAGAGGGUCAACAUACUCAGUAAGAACGGGACCGUGAGGGGGGUCAAGAACAAAGUCAGCGCAGGUCAGACGCUGUUCGAAAACAUCACCGAUUCCAACAGUCUGGAGUUACUGCUCGAGUUUGGGCAGAUUGUGAUCUACACCACGAGCUUCCGUGUGGUGAGGAACACCUUCGAGCGCUGCGCGCUGGUCAGAAAGAUUUUCCAGAACCACCGGAUGAAGUUUGUGGAGAAGAACAUCGCCCUGGACAUCGAGUACGGGAAGGAGCUGGAGGAGCGGUGCAAACGCGUGGGAGAGCCUCCUUCAUUACCGGUCGUGUUCAUCGACGGACACUACCUCGGGGGUGCUGAGAAAAUACUCGGUAUGAAUGAAUCAGGAGAGCUCCAAGAUCUUCUGGCCAAAAUUGAGAUCUGCGGAAACAUGAUGUGUUUGCUUCGCAGCACAUAGAAUGUUAAGUGAAAGGUGAUCACAGAGUCACGAUGAUAAAUCAACGCUCCGAAGCCACAAAGAUGAAGAGGAACAGUGCUCACAGGAGCACUCACUAUGUUAAAGAUGUACGCACAUCGAUGGACGACCAUCAGUGACGGAGGGCUUGGUAUCAAUUCGGCCUCCCACACAUUCGUCCAAACACGGAGCACAUCUCUCUCCGUGGUGCAAAACCAAGAAAGUGUACAUUAUGUUCAGCAGCGGCAGCUUCACUCACGCAACCGCUGGCCUUUUCUCAGGCCUGCGCAAUGAUUCGGAGUUUAGGACAAAACAUUUUCACAAGUGAGAGCAGCGUGGUGACAAUUACAUUAUUGUUUCCCAGUCACUGCAGCCUAUUGAAAAUACGCAGCUCUGAAAGGUCAUGCGUUCACUAAUGAGUCCAGACCCGCGCAGCAACACGGUGUUAUUGUGUUUCUACAGUAUGUCUGCAGAGUUAGAUACAAGUUUGACUUUUUGGAAAGUAUAUGCCUAUUUGCUUUCUUUCUAAGAGUCAGAUGAAACGUUAAUAUCACUCUCCCAUAUGUCUGCUAGAUACGAAGCUGCAGCCAGGAGAUGGUUACCUUCGCACAAAGACAUGAAAUAGAGGGGAAACAGCGAGCCGAUGCAAGAGGCACCUACCAGAACCUCUACAUUUAGUUCACCGAUUAGCAUGUCAUACAUCUAAUAAUAAUAAUAAUCCGUGCGAAACCAAAGUAGAACAUAUAAUAUAACAUUAGCAGUGUUAAGUCUUUGGAGUCAUUCAUUACCACGUGAAAAAAACGGACAAAAAUCUACGCACGGCUGCUUUUAAAAUAAGUGCAUCAACUUUAUGGAGGACCAUAUUUCAUAUAAAUGUAAUCGGCAGAAAUCAUGGCUUUGUUUGUAGCCAUGUUGACACAAAAGCUGUGUCAACGUGGCCCAAGUGCGAGUGCGAGUUGUGUCCCAAGUGCGAACGAUGGGUGCGUCAAGAAAUGACCAGCUGACGUGGAAUUACAACUUGGGUGACGGACUUGAUCUGUUUUUUCUGACUUGACUGCUCAUAAUUACAAUCUCAAAACUAUUGGAUAAACUCCUAAUUGACUCCAGUAACUGCUCGUGAGCAAGAAAUCCUGUACAACCACAACACUUGGCGCUGUGACACUUGGGUUUUUGUACAGAUUAAAUCAAUUAGAUAUUGUGUGUUUGUUUUUUGGAGCUUUACAGGUCUCUGGACUUUAUACUAAGCAAUGCUGACUGACUACUUGCUAGAUCAUAUACGUGUAGACAUUAGGAGCAUUGGACCCUUCAUCUAAUUUUGGUCUUUCAGACAAUUACGCUGAUUCAAAAACCUUGUACAUUGACAGACGUUGGAUUUAGACAGAGAAAGAAAUCAAAUCCUGAUUUGUGUUAUUUCUUUACCUAUUGUUGGACUGUUUCAGAAAAAUGAUAUGAAAUCGAACCUUUUUUU